AUGGCCGCCAGCCGAACCACCAUGGCCUUCAAUGAUGGCAUCACUGACACCGACAAGAGCUCUAUCGAGUUUCGCAUCGCCGACUCACUCACCCGCGAACUCGGAACUAUGUCUGUGGGCGACCUCGAACGCAUCACGAGCAAGAUCGCCUUUGUUAUACGCUUCAAACUCGGCGCACAAAUCACUGCUCCCUACAUCACCACUCUGGUCAAAACCAUGGACACAGGUGGCCGCAGCAUCACAAUCUGGGCUCACCUCGGUGCUAUGUGCCUUCAAGAGUUGUUCUCCGUGGGGGGUGGAUCUGGCGAAGAAGCCAUCAUAUACUUGGGGUACGCCGCAGAUUGGGCUGUGGAGCAGGUCAUGAAGCUGAAGGACGCACCAAGCCUGAGGAAGAAGCCGUUGCUGCAGGAGCUUGGAGAGGACGUUGAGCUCCUCACGGCUGCGAAUGGCAGGGAUUGA